AUGUAUCCCAGGAUUAAAAACCUCGCGCUUUACGCCUUGUCAGUCACGCUGCUGGCUUGGUUUUUUUACAUGAAGAAAGAGGCAAAGUUGGCAGCGUCGUCAGCAGGCCAGAAAGUGGAUGUAGCGAGCCACAAACCAAAGUCUUUGGUUCUGGACAAUGCUGAACUCAGCAAGUGUUUGCCAAACUUGACCCUCGCUAAUUCUUCUCUCAGCCUCCCAGAGCUUCACCGUGUCUUCUUAACGUACAAACACUGCCGGAACUUCGUGGUCCUGCGGAAGCCUUCCAGGUGUAGCAAAGAGACGUUCCUCUUGCUGGCGAUUAAGUCUUCCCCAACCAACAUAGACCGGCGGGUGGCCAUCAGGAACACGUGGGGGAAGGCGGUCUCCAUCGGUGGCAAGCGCAUCAGGCUGGUGUUCCUUCUAGGGCGCUCAGAGGCCAAAAUCCACGUACCGCCCCUGCACCAGCUGCUGGCUUACGAGAGCCAGGAGUUUGAUGACAUCUUGCAGUGGGAUUUCAUUGACAACUUCUUCAACUUGACCCUCAAGGAGCUGCAUUUCCUCCGCUGGUUCAUGGAGGACUGCCUGCACGCCAGGUUUGUGCUGAAGGGCGAUGAUGAUGUCUUUGUCAAUACUUACAACAUUGUUGAGUUCCUCCAAGAACUGGACCCUGAACAGGAUCUCUUUGUUGGGGACGUGAUCACCAACGCCCGGCCCAUCAGGAACACCAAGGUCAAAUACUUUAUUCCAGAGUCCAUGUACAGAGCCCACUUCUAUCCUCUUUAUGCGGGUGGGGGGGGCUACGUGAUGUCUAGAGAGACAGUGCGCCGCCUCCAGAGCACCGCAGAGGACAUGGAGCUCUUCCCAAUAGAUGAUGUGUUUGUGGGAAUGUGCCUGGCAAAGAUGGCAGUGACCCCAAAGAACCACGCUGGCUUUAAGACUUUCGGCAUCCAGAGACCUUUCAAUCCUUUUGAUCCGUGCUUGUACAAAGAGCUGAUGAUUGUGCACAAACUAAACCCUACUGAGAUGUGGAUCAUGUGGACGCUGAUAAAGGAUGACAGCAUUAGGUGUGCGGUGUCAGUAACGCACAACUACAGAAGGGGUUGGAAAAGAAGCUACUGA